AUUACAUUUGUAAUGUAUACAUGUUUGCAAAGAGCAAGCCUAUGGGUUGAGUAUAAAAGGUGCUCCUCUCCUGUGCAGAAAGCUCAUGUAUCCAGCAAACAUGGAGACCACAUGGGGCCCAAUCCUGCUCCUCUGUCUGUGCCUAUCAGUACAUGGGGUAUCAUUACCCAGAAUUCCCAUGACGGACAUGGAGGUAUCGGCCAUGGCGUUGGUCAGCACUGAGUACUACAACAGAGGAUCCAGUGACAACUCCAUCUUCCAACUCUUCAACAGUGAUAUCGACCACUUUACAAAUGGUUCUUCAGCUCAGAUUCAGUUCACUAUAAAGGAGACUGGGUGCCAGAAAUCGGACAACCAUAUGGGACAGGAAUGCGACUUCCUCGAGGAUGGGGUCAUGAAAAGGUGCACGGCUAGUUUCUUCCCAGAGGAUGAGCUCCCGGCAUUUGUCAUAACAUGUGAUGCCAUCCAGAAUCCUCCUCUCCGUGUAAGAAGAAAUGGUGGCAGAGGCCGAGGUGGUGGUCGUGGUGGUGGAAUUCGUGGAGGUGGAAAAAGUGGCUUUGGAUCUCCCAUAGCUGGAGUCAAGAGAAACCUAAUUAAUCUCCCAAAUGCAAAAAUAAAAAGACAUUUUUCUGCAUGAAGGUGCUAUUGGCUGCUCCAGAUGUUGCAGAACUCUUGCAAGGGUCCAGGGCCAAAGGUUGCCUUUUCCUUGUGCUAUAAGAUUUUCUAAAUUGAAUUAAAAAAAAAGAGCCGCUUUAAACGGAUCUGUCUAUGUGUUGAUUUUCCCUGUUUAAUGUUUUAGUACAAGAAAUAACAUACCAUUAAUUUUAUUACCCUUACUUUAUACAUAUUAUACACAAUACAGCUCACCUGGGAGCAUGAUUUCUCUGUUGUCAGACUAUAUUAUGGAAAUACAGAGUUCUCUGGGUCAGCAGAGCGUGUCUCCAUCCAGUAUUCUUUGGGAUGGGUCAGUACAAUUUCUUAGCAGCUUCUUAAUGGUUUAGAACAACUGUUGCUUGAUAAAGGGGUUGUCCCCGAAACGUUGCAUGUCGCACUAAUAAAUUUUAAAGCAAGGGUUUUUCACCCUGCCAGCAGUACCUGUGUGCCGGUGAAUCUUUUCUUAGAACAACUGUUCUCCCAGCACCCACCCAUCUUCUACAUGGGUCACAAUUUAUUCAUAUUGUUGGCUUCAAUUGAUCACCAUUUCUGCAAUAUCUGAGCAAACAGAAAGUAUAUAUUGUAAUGGCCAGGACCAGAGGGGCACAAACAAGUAACCCUUUGGGGAAUCUGGUACUGCUUUAUAUACAGGUCAUAGAUGCCCCAGAUCUGGUCAGGCAGUUUGGAACUUUAUAGUCCAAACAUCUGGGCAUUUAUGGCAGGUGAGGGAUCAGCUUGUCAGAUAAUCUCUGUGCUACUCUUUUCCCUGUUCUCAUCAACCAAAAAUGUUCUGUAAUGGGUGCAAGUGUUUAACAUGAAUAAAAUGCAUGUCAGCAUUAUACAAUUUCUCCACUAGAUGUCACUCUUGGACAAUUUAUGUGUACAAAGUUCAUUGUGAAAUUAAGCCUAUGUGAAGAAUUAAAUUAAUUAACAAUUAAUUAACAAUUAAUACAGACAAAUCUGCAAAAAUAAUUGCAAACAAAUUAUUUAUUUAAAAAAGAAUCAUUGCUUACUCUGAUCCAGCAGCGGCAGACACAUUUAGUAUCAUCACCUAAAAAUAAAGAAAGUUUCCAUUUA